AUGUACUCGCCUCGAGCCUUUGCCAUCAAACACAUUCAGCUAUACUCCGUAAUUCGUGCUCUCGACAUCUUCGAGGUGAGGGUCCUGAUCCGAGACCUGCACUUCACAGCGAGAUCCCUCAGGAGAUUCACCGAGAAUGAGGCAGUGCUUAAGCGGAGUCCUCCAUACAUAGUCACACUCGAGCUAUCUCUGGGCGUCGCCGACCAUGAUAAGUCUAGCCUGCUGCCGACGACGGACCAUCUGAGGGAAACAUCUGGUGACUACGUGGGGGACAUCGAUGCGUCGUCAUCCCCUGCUGCGCAACUGGACUCGUCCCUAGCGAAGCUAGCAGCUGCUGUGCUACCGCGAAGUCCAAGGAUACGAUCUCUAAGUAUCCGGGCGAGAGGCCGGAGCAGUGCCUUGCGCCUCGACCGCCUAGCCGACCUCUCUCUCAAACAUCUAACUUCGCUAGAACUCGACAGGCGGGCUGUCAUCUGA